GGACUCUCUGGGAUUCAUAUUAAACAUCCAGACUCUCUAUCUUCUGACUGAGAUGUUGCGAUGUUCCGUGCAGCCUUACAAAACGUGGACUUGUUUUGGUUGAUUUUGCUGUAUUUUGUUUUCCUACCGGGGACCGGCUGUAGAUCAGCCGAUGCAGACAGCUGUCAUGAGGUGAAGACAGCCUACAUGAUGCGCCAAAUAGGCCCGGUGGAACUGGUGCCAGACACACCGGGAACAGAUGAGGCUCUCCGAGUGUGUGUCCACCCUGGGCCCACUUGCUGUACGAGUAAGAUGGAGGACAGCUACAUGGCGGCUGUUCGCAGUGAGACGCAGCAAAAGAUGCAAUCUUACAGCUUCGAACUCAAGUACCUGAUCGCAGGACACACCAGGGCCUACCAAGAGACCUUCGAGUCGCUCGUGUCCUUCACAUACAACCUGACCAGCUCUCUGUUCGACAGCGCCUACUCCGCUGUGGCCACCGACUGUCGCCCCCUUGUGCUUCAGCUGUUCGGCGACAUCAAACGCCACCUCUCUGGAGACUCUAAUUCCUCACUAGACAACACUGUGCGCCGAUUCUACAAUGAUCUCUUCCCUUUGGUUUACCGUCGUCUGCUCAACCCUGGGAUUGGCCACAUGUCACUCCAGACCUAUCCCUCCACCUCCACCACUCACGACGACUGUCUGAGGUUGACGCGGCAGGAUGUCAGCCCCUUUGGACCCCACCCUCGCCUCCUGGUCAGCAGCCUGUCCCGUGCGCUCAGGGCAGGCCGAGCGUUGAGCAGACUGCUCAGACUGGCUGGAGAGGUUGUGAAUGCGACCGAGAAGGCGACGUUAUCCAGAGAGUGUGGGCGAGGGUUAGUGAGGAUGCAGUACUGUUCCCACUGCAGAGGGCUGACACUUAUACGGCCCUGUACCGGACUAUGUGUUAACAUCAUGAGAGGAUGUCUGGUGGGUGUAUCAGAGCUUGGCGCCCCCUGGGGGAGUCUGGUGGUAUUGCUCCAACGGUUAGCCGUCACUUUAGCGACUAGCAGCAACCACAACAGCUUGGAGUUAGCUCUGCUAGCGGUCCGAAACCAUGUGAAUGAUGCCAUACUGCACGCUCAGCUGCAUGGGCCACGCAUUACAGCCACAGUAGAGAAGGUGUGCGGUCCGCAGGCAGCUGGUCCCAUGAUGACGAAUGCAAAACCCUCCACCUACCAUAUUACAACCUCAGUGACUUCUGCUGCAUUACUAACCUCAGAGAGGUCAUCUGUCACCUCACCUCCCUCAGUGGGUCCUGUUGCUUAUCAGCGUCUGCAGCUGCAGUCCCGCAGGUUGUUCCCUCUUAAAGGUUCCAGAGGUGACAAGAGUCGAAGCCUGAAAAAACUGUCUAGGGAGUUUGAGGGCUCUAUACAGCGGUACCAGUGGUUUUUCUCAGAGCUGCCAGAGAUGCUUUGUGAGAGUGAGAUGGAGGUUGAGCAGCACACAUGCUGGAGUGGCCAAGACGUUGCAGAGAGUUAUGCAGGUCGUGUGGUUGGCAGCACUUUAAAAGCCCAGAGGGAGAACCCAGAGAUGACCGUCCGUAAUACAGAUCCUGUCCUGAAGGGGGCGAAACAGAAACUGGAGCAGAUAACACAGGAGCUGUUAGUGGAGCUCGGCUGGGCGAGCAAAGCCAGGGGAAGGGUGGAGGAAGAGGAGGGAGGGAGCGCACAGACGGACAGAGGCAGUGGAAAUGACUGUGAUGAUGAAGAUGGCUGUGAAGCAUCUGGCGAGGAGAACGGUGAUGAGACAGCUGACUCAUCCAGCGGUCGAAGUCCAGAGAUGAAGAACGUGGCUCCUCCUCCUCCUCGUCGCCCCAUUCCCCCUCAUCACCUCUCACCUCCACAGGUGGCAGUUCGAGGAUCAGCCCACACGAUGACUGUUGAACCUUUACCUUUGACCCUGGUGACCCUGCUGCUUCUACUGCUGUCCACAUGGGAACCACGCUGACCAUCGUGACACAGAUCCUGAGACGGACAGAGACAGAAGAGACUGAGAGACAACCACAAACUGUAUGUCUUGUUGUGGUGUUUGGUAUUUGGAGUUUCUGUAAGCACAGCUGAACCACUCUGAUUGUUUUUGUUUUGGGUGGCGUGGCUGGUGUGACAGGCUGUGGAUUUAUCACAGCUGCAGGUGCACAGUAUGCAUUUUUAUAUUACCUGUACUGACCUCUACAUGUGUUUUGUUUUUUUAUUUAACUUCAAUAGGAUAGAUUGCACAGCACUACUGACUUUUUUUUUGAAGAGAGAUGUAAAUACAAAUAUAUAUAUAUUAUAUAUUUAUAUGAAAAGUUUCUAUAGAUAACAAUGGCUUGAUGUGUAAAUAGAGAUUAAUAUAGAACAGAGCAGAUUGACUUGGAAAUUAAGAGAUGUUUGGUUUGCUUUGACUUUUACAUUAUGUGUACCCCACAGAGAUUAAGAUCCGUGGCAGCUAUGAGCCACGCUGUAGGCCUUCACUUUUUAUAUUUACUCAUAUCCUUAUAUUUUGUGAGAACUUAUUAAUGUUAAAGAAAACUCAGCAUGAAGAGCAAAACAUAGGCUGGAAAAAGGACAUUAAGGCACUUUCUCGAUAGGCAAAACAGCCAAUUAUGUGAUACUUCAGCCCAUUCACAGAUGGUCAUGCUGCAUAAUGAAAAUUUCUGCAGUUUGGCCUGGAAGUCUGUGCAGACUGAAGCCCUUGUGGCACUUUUUUUUUUUCUUAACACAAACAUGGUCUUUUGUUCGUGCAAGCUGGGUGAUUUCUUUUUCAUUUCUGCAGUAAGUGUUCAGAAGAAUUUAAAUUUCCCUCAACAGAGAGUGUGUCCCCUGGAAGUUUGUCAUUUCUAGGUGUGUAAUACCUUUCAUAGUCUUGGUAGUUGUGGGGAAAAAUGAUUGAGGACUGUUUUCUUCUGAAGAUGGACAGUGGACAGAGUCAUAAAAGCACUACAGAGAAGGAUAUAACUCUUUCACUUCAACUUCAAUUCCACUUGCAAGCUGCCACAGCCGUCCUUGACAGGAAGCUCUGUUAAAAUCAGAAUAUCCCAAACAAUAAGAAGCACCCAGUACAAGAAAAGACUAAAUAUGGCCGUCAUUUAAGAAACAGAAAUAAUCAUCUGCCUGAACAAUGAAUAAUUUGACAUUUCAUUGUCAUUCAUUGCAAACACUGAACUGUCACAGUGAUUUCAAAGAGUGGCUGGUCUCCAAAUGUAUUAAUUAAAACUGCAGUGAGAGAAUAUAUUAGACAUCCAACAAAAUGCAGUGAAUGCUUUUUGUAGGUCUGAUACGUGUGUCAUCACUUUGUCUAUGCAUCCAGGGAAGAUGAGACACAGGGUAUCAAGAGAGUGAUCAGUGCAGAGCUGAGCCCAGAUCCAAACAUGUGAAUUAAAUGUAAUUCAUAUUAAUUAGGAUUAUCAAGUCCUCCCGGGUCUCUGAGUCUCUAACCCCCCAAACUGCUCACAACAGCAGGACUGACAACCUGAAUACUGAUCAAAUGCAUUCAAAACAGAGCAAACGAACCAACCGAAGGAACGCCGUGUGCAUUUCUGUCAGUGGGUGACUGACUUUCUUCUCAGACAUAUCACACUGUGUUGCUUGUAUUAACUAGCUCAGAUAGAUGUGAGAAAGUCAUUUCUGUCCUUGAUUUUGUGCUGCAAAACAGCAGAACUCUCAUGCAUGUAUCGUACUGACACUCACCUGAGACCGUUUAUUUGUGAAGGAAUGUGACUGACAGAUGAGACAGCUUAAGGAAUACUGUUAAGAGUUUGUGCGAGUUAUCUAGGCAGCGAGCCCAGACACCACGUUAGCUAGCGGGAUGCUUUCACAACAUAAUGUGCCAAACAAAUGUGUUAUUAUUUGAUUAGAGUUUAAACGUUGUACCCAAAUGAGAUGAGAUUUUGGACUCAAGCCAACCCUUCCAUCUUUCACAGCCCUUCUCUAGGCAACCUUGUACAUAAACAAACCACCACCAUGCACAAAUGCACAUACAGAGACCUUAAAGGGGAUAAGUGCAUAUUUACAGUGUGUGGAUGUACACAGUUUUAUUGUUUCUCAGCCUGUGAUAAGACCAGUGUGGGCUAUUGACAGUGAUUUUGAAAUGUAAAAGAUAUAUUUUCAUAUAUUUUAUAUGCUUAUAAACUUUGUAACACAUAAAAUAAUUUAGAGCUCUCUUGGGUAACAGUUCAAAUUAAAUCAUCUGGAAAGUGAAGAUAAAACUGAUAAUUCAAUGUUACAGUUUGUCAUUCUGUGGAUGCUCACCUUCUCUUAGGAGUCACAAACUGUUAUCUAUGGAUCGCAGCUUGAAAUGUCAAGAAAGCUUUGUAGUAAAAGGUGUGUGAAUCUCUAAGCAGACGUGAGGCUGAAGGAUGUUUUCAUAUCAAAGUGUUAAGUGGCACAGAAAUUAUGUUCUCUUGUUCCUCUAGUGCUGUGCUGCCAUGACGGUUGUCCAUGUGUGUUUAGGCACGCUGGUGUGCCAGGGAGUGAGCUGUAGGUGUCAUUGUUAAAUAAAACCAAUAAAUGUACUUUAUCCAAGUUUAACAGCUCUCUUAGUUCAGUAUUACUAAUGUUUUGUUGUAGCGGUAUGCAGAGCCACCAGGAUGCAUGAAGCAACCAGUCAGCAGCUACGGUUUCUCUCACGACACUCUGAAAACCACUGAGCUAAUGUAAACUAAAACCAGUGACUCUGAUGUAAAGCGUAAAUAAACCGACUGUAAUACACUGUGUCCUGCUACUCUGCUGUGUCAAUAAUCAUCAG